GGGGUUCAGAGGAGGGAUCCAGUCAGGCAAAGGCGCAGUGGUGGCUAGUGUAGUCCCUUAAAAAUUCAUGCCAUCGCCGUUUAUGCCACGGCCCGUUUAUUCCACACUGGAUACGGAACACUUUAUCAUAUUAUAGAGAACAAGCUCAUUCGAUCCCAUGCUGGAAUAACGUACACUGCAUGACCUUGCAUUGAAUGUCAUUAUAGACGGAUUUUUUUUAAAGCACCGACACGGUAAGGUCAUCGGCUGCAGCCAUGGAGAUUGUCACACAUUUCAUAAAUGACACCAUAGAGUUCUACAAAUGGACUCUAACUAUUGCAGACAAGAGAGUGGAGAAAUGGCCACUGAUGGACAACCCCCUGCCCACGUUGGCCAUCAGCACCUCCUACCUGCUAUUCCUCUGGCUGGGGCCCAAAUACAUGAAGAACAGAGAGCCUUUCCAGCUCCGCAAAACACUCAUUGUCUACAAUUUCAGCAUGGUCUUUCUCAAUUUCUUCAUCUUUAAAGAGCUUUUUAUGGCAGCGCGUUCGGCGAGCUACAGUUACAUUUGUCAACGAGUGGACUAUUCAGAGGACCCCAAUGAAGUCAGGGUGGCAGGGGCUCUGUGGUGGUAUUUCAUCUCUAAGGGCAUUGAGUAUCUGGACACAGUGUUUUUCAUCCUGAGGAAGAAAUUCAACCAGGUUACUUUCCUGCACGUUUACCACCACUGCACCAUGUUCACACUCUGGUGGAUCGGCAUCAAAUGGGUGGCAGGAGGACAGUCGUUCUUUGGAGCACACAUGAAUGCAGCAAUCCACGUAUUGAUGUACCUGUAUUAUGGCCUGGCCUCCUGUGGACCUAAAAUCCAAAAGUAUCUAUGGUGGAAGAAGUACUUGACCAUCGUCCAGAUGGUCCAGUUCCAUGUCACCAUCGGCCACACAGCCCUGUCCCUCUAUGUCAACUGCGACUUCCCCCACUGGAUGCAUUACUCCCUCAUCUGCUACGCCGUCACCUUCAUUGUCCUCUUCGGCAAUUUCUACUACCAGACCUACCGGCGCCAGCUGCCCAGGCGCGACGCCUCCUCCUCCAAAGCAGGAAAGGCCCUCUCUAACGGGAGCGUCAACGGGCUCAGCAAGGCUGCCAACGGAGCCGUGGUGUUGGGGAGCAAAGAGGAGAAGCCCCAGGAAAAUUCUGGGAGGAGAAAGAGGAAAGGAAGAGCUAAAAGAGAUUAGAGGGAGAGGAGCAAGAGAGGUGGAGGUGAGGUAGGGCCUUGCUAUGGGUUCUCAGUUGAUUGUGCUAAAACAUGAGAGACUUAAUGUGAGGAAGAUUUAGACCGAUGGAUGCGUUACGAUGUGUUUAUUUAAGCCAUGAUCUAAGUUGUUGUAGAUAAAAUAUGAGACAUGCUUGUGUUGAAAGAGGAUCGUUCUGUUAGUAAGAGGUGUCAAAGGUCAUGCCCAAGGUUAUAACAAAUAACGCAAAAUACAGUAGUGUAAGGUAGGGGAUAGAUCUUAGUAUUCCCCCUCUUUAUUGUGGUGCCAAGUACUGUAGAUCUGGUUCAAAAAGUGACUUUCAGCGACUAAAAACUGAGCCUGGAGAGGAAACACAGUUUACCAGGCCCGCUAGGCAUGCUGGGAAAGCUACAUCAAAUGCAUCUGAGCUGCUUGAAAAAUCAUUGUUAUUGUUACUGCUGUAUUGAGACAGGAAUACGCAUCAUAACAUAUGCACCAACUUAUAUUUAAGCGUAUCAUUUUAAUGUGUUUCACCUUUACAUAUUUAAAACUGUUGAUAAUGUACAGUUUCAUGUCCUUUAUGUCCUCAUCUUAUUCAAGUUGUUGUUAAUGUUACGUGAGAGAGUCUUAAGUUUGCAGUUUACUGAAAACACAAUAUUUAUCUUAUUUAUUUCACGUUAUGGACUCCAUCAAUCAGUUUUGAGCUGUCACCCAUUGGCGCAAUGUUACAGAGGAAAAAUAAAUCCAUAACCAGAGGUAAUAUGUACAAUAGAAAUGACGGUCUAUUUCUGUACACAAGCAUAGCAGGUUUUAUAUAUCCCUAUUGGGUCAUGAAAUGAAAUGCAUAUUAUCCAGAUAAAUUAUGGAUCUGAUGAUUAUCUCAGUGUUGCCUCAUUCUGACAGAAAGGUUGGUGGAGUUUUGUCUUUGCAGAUGUUUUCUUGUCUUUUUAUAAUAUAUCUGAUGUUGUUGUUUGUCUUACAUGCCGGUGAAUAUGUUGUGUGCCGAACAGAGAAGGCAAGCUCUCAUCAAGCUAACUAAAAGCCUAUCUUGAGCGCCAUUUUCUUCCAAUAUCACAACCAAUAUCUCUUUGUGGUUAUACUUUCAGGCUUACGAAGACAUUUUGAUUCAGCAAGAUAAAAGUUUGGAUUUACAAACAAAGUGAGCUGGUUAACCUCUACAGUGACUUUGUACGUUAGACUAUGAAGAAUAACUUUUCUCUGCCUGUACAGAGUAUAAAUCACCAUGUAUCUCCAAAUCAGCUUCAUGUCAUCCAUUAACAAAUGCAUUUGAAUGUUAUUGAUUGUUUUUUUAUUGAUUUAUUUUGAUGUAAAUAACAAUUUUCAUGUUACUGAGAGUGCUUGUCUGUGUAUUUGUGUUCUCUUUGUGUUGCACAUAUUACAUUGUGAUAUUUUGUACACUGCGCAUUUGGGGAUGUCCCCAGCCUGUAAGCUUGGACGUUUAUAUGUCCACAUUGCUUCUGUGGGUUUUUUUUUUUAAAGUAUCAUAACUCUCUUCAAAUUCAAUUAAACUGAA